AUGAAGAGGACUUCAGAAAAUUCGAAACAUCGUGAAUGUCGUCAACAAGAAGACUCAAAAAUAGACUCACAAUCUGCCAAUGAAACCGUUUCAGAAGAUUCUUUAGUCGAUGAUCAACCAGUAAAUGAAACUGUUCAAGGGAACUAUGAAAUCGACCAGCAAUUAGCCAAUAGAAUCGUUGAUAAAGUUACUAACCUUCUUACAGGAGACAAAAUGCCAAGUGAAAAUGGUGUUAUUGCUAUUGGAACAAUGAAAUAUGGGACAAAGAUUUUUGCUUAUUCUGGCGCGGCAAAGCAUAGAUUUGUUGCUGGUUCCGUUGAGACGGAUGAUACUAUAACGAUCGUCCUUGGGAAAGCUCCGAAUGUUAAACUUAAACUCGAUGAACUGGUGUUAUAUGAGCAUAUCACAAAGAACUUAGGUUACACUAUAGAAGAUGUACAAACACUAGGAGGAAUGCAAAAUGAGCGAGGCCAGAAGUUUCCUCGUAAUCCUGCAACCUGUGCAGAACCGAGAGUUAUGGUCAUAGCCUUUGGUCGUGGGUAUACGAAAGAUGAUUUUGUAUCAAUCAUGGCAUUUCGAAGAGAGCCACUUGGAGUUGUUCCUGAACCUCCUUGCGGUAAUUGUCAAGUAACUCUCAAUAUGCUAUUCCAGAAAUGA